AUGGAUCAGAAUCGAGGGUUUCGGGAAGUAGCGCCCCCCGAUGAAGCUGAGCAGCAUGCGCAGCGAAGUCAGCUAACCAUGAACAAAACCGGCAAGCGAAGCUACCAAAGAGCUUGUAAAGUUGCCCUGGCGAAGGGAGCAGCACUUUACAAAGGCCGUCUUCUGACAGCUCAGGCUCUAGGAGCUCAUGAAGGACAAUUCGCGUCUCCUGCGAAAGCGGAGAGGCGUUCUUUUCAACCGAACAGACAGAUCCAUCACAAAUUUGACAUGGAAGUCCUUACUUGGAACGCAGGCUCAAUUACAAGUCGAGUUUGGAACGAGAUUCUGGCCCUUUUGGCAACAACAGAGUACAAGAACAUCAAAAUCGUUUUCCUGCAGGAAUCGCAUUGGCAGCAGGACCAGGUCUACAGCUCAGGCCCGUGGUCAGUCCUAACCUGUGGCUCAACAAGCAGACACAAGGCUGGCCUGGUUGUCUUGGUGCAUAGCUCACUGGCUCCUCUUUCAGAAAUUCGCAGCACUUCCAUUGUUCCAGGGCAUUUGCAGCACGUCAUGAUCCCGUGGCAGAGAUCCAGAAUACAUCUCCUGAACCUGUACCAGCACGUCUGGGAUUCAAAGCUCUCGAAGACGGAAAACAGAGGCAGGAGAAAGGACGUGAUGACACAGCUCGAAAAUCGAAUACAGAGAGUCCCACAACGUGACUUCUUGAUUGUGGCUGGGGAUUUCAAUGCGCAUGCGGUGACUGAACGUCCUCAUAUCGGACCAAGUGUGCCUCAUCGAGUACGGUUUGCAAAUGCGGAUGUGAAGACACUGCCCUCGCUCUGCAAAUCCUGUGGACUAACUGCGCUGAACACAUGGGCUUCUGGCCAUCGCAGUACGUAUGCUAACAGUGAUGGCACAUAUUCCUCUCAGAUCGAUUUUUUGCUGGUCAGACUGCACGAUGCUCGGAGGAGAUCCAAGGAGGCCUACUCGGAUAAGAACUUUCCUGUGGCUGCCUACAGAGAUGGAUCAAAACACUUUCCAGUGCGAGCCACUCUGUUCAUUCCUCCUUACAGUCCUACACCCAGCAAGCCACGGCCGUUUGAUGCCACAGCCCUGGAUGCGAGCUUUCGGCGGAAAGAUGACAACUGGCAGGCAUACUCACAUCGUCUGACGGAAGCAGUGGUGAGGACAAUGCAAGUGAGACCGUCUUGGCAAGAACUGGAUGAAGUGAUGGUUAGUGUAUCAGCUGAGCACUAUCCUCCUCCACGCAAGUCUCAGCCAGUAGCAGGUCCAAUUCAUCAGGAAUAUUGGAAGAAAGUGCGGCAAAUCCAGGCGCACAAGAGGGCUGGAACCGAGCAUAAUUCAGAAUGCCAGAAGCUUGUGGAGGACAUCAAGGAGGAGGAAACUUGCUCCGUGGCGCCCAGUGCAGAGAGUCAACCUAAGGGAUCAAGCAGGUGA